UGACUUAAAAGAAAAGCAAACAGCUGUGGAUUGCUCAGCGGGGCCACGUCCUGGACUAAGUGCUUCGCACGCGUUGUGUUGGGUCUGUCUCCCGAUAGCCCUAAGAGAGAAAGUCGUCACCCCCAUUUUAUGGAGAAGGAAGGCAAGGCACGGAGCGGAGCGGUUAAGCCACUUGUCUAAGCUACGUGGUGCUGAGACCGGGAGGACAACCGUGAUGACCGACUCCCCGUUCCUGGAGCUGUGGCAGUCCACGGCAGGGUCUGCCCGCGAGCGGCUGAGCCUCAGGGACCGGCCCAACGACUCCUACUGCUACAACUCGGCCAAAAACAGCACCGUGCUCCAGGGGGUCACCUUCGGUGGCAUCCCCACUGUCCUGCUCAUAGAUGUCAUCUGCUUUCUGCUUUUAAUCUUGGUGUUUUCCGUCAUAAGAAGAAGAUUCUGGGAUUAUGGCCGCAUUGCCCUGGUGUCAGAAGCAGACAGUGAGUCCAGAUUUCAGAGAUUGUCAUCAACUUCCUCCUCAGGGCAACAAGACUUUGAAAAUGAGCUGGGGUGCUGCCCCUGGCUGACGGCGAUCUUCCGCCUGCACGACGACCAGAUCCUGGAGUGGUGCGGGGAGGACGCCAUCCACUACCUGUCCUUCCAGAGGCACAUCAUCUUCCUGCUGGUGGCUGUCAGCUUCCUGUCCCUGUGCGUCAUCCUGCCCGUCAACCUCUCGGGAGACUUGCUGGACAAAGACCCCUACAGCUUUGGGAGGACGACCAUCGCCAACCUGCAGACAGACAAAGACCUGCUCUGGCUGCACACCAUCUUCGCCGUCAUCUACCUGCUGCUCACCGUGGGCUUCAUGCGGCACCACACGCAGUCCAUCAAGUACAAGGAGGAGAGCCUGGUGAGGCGGACGCUGUUCAUCACGGGACUCCCCAGAGACGCCAAGAAGGAGGCUGUGGAGGGCCACUUCCGGGACGCGUAUCCCACGUGCGAGGUGGCGGACGUGCAGCUGUGCUACAAUGUGGCCAAGCUGAUGUACCUGUGCAAGGAGAGGAAGAAGGCCGAGAAGAGCCUGACAUAUUACGCGAGCCUGCAGGCGAAGACGGGCCAGCGCACCCUCAUCAACCCCAAGCCCUGCGGCCAGUUCUGCUGCUGCGAAGUGCGGGGGUGUGAGUGGGAGGACGCCAUCUCCUACUACACGCGCGUGAAGGACGGGCUGCUGGAGAGGAUCACGGAGGAAGAGCGCCACGUCCAGGACCAGCCCCUGGGAAUGGCCUUCGUCACCUUCCAGGACAAGUCCAUGGCUACCUACAUCCUGAAGGACUUCAACGCCUGCAAGUGCCAGGGCCUUCGCUGCAAAGGGGAGCCCCAGCCGUCCUCCCACAGCAGGGAGCUCUGUGCCUCCAAGUGGACGGUCACCUUCGCCGCUUACCCCGAGGACAUCUGCUGGAAGAACCUCUCUAUCCAGGGCCUGCGUUGGUGGCUCCAGUGGCUGGGCAUCAACUUCAUUCUCUUCGUGGCGCUGUUUUUCCUGACCACGCCCUCCAUCAUCCUGUCCACCAUGGACAAGUUCAACGUCACCAAACCCAUCCACGCACUGAAUGACCCGGUCAUCAGCCAGUUCUUCCCCACCCUCCUGCUGUGGUCCUUCUCAGCCCUGCUCCCGUCCAUCGUGUACUACUCCACGCUGCUCGAGUCCCACUGGACCAAGUCAGGGGAAAACCGGAUCAUGAUGACCAAGGUCUACAUAUUCUUGAUCUUCAUGGUGCUGAUCCUGCCCUCCCUGGGCCUCACCAGUCUGGAUUUUUUCUUCCGGUGGCUCUUUGACAAGACUUCCACGGAGGGCACCAUCCGGUUGGAGUGUGUCUUCCUGCCCGACCAGGGCGCAUUCUUUGUGAACUACGUCAUCGCCUCGGCCUUCAUCGGCAACGGCAUGGAGCUGCUGCGGCUGCCCGGCCUCAUCCUCUACACCUUCCGCAUGAUCAUGGCCAAGACGGCCGCCGACCGCAGGAACAUCAAGCAGAACCAGGCCUUCGAGUACGAGUUUGGAGCCAUGUACGCCUGGAUGCUGUGCGUCUUCACUGUCAUCAUGGCCUACAGCAUCACCUGCCCCAUCAUCGCGCCGUUCGGCCUCAUCUACAUCCUGCUCAAGCACAUGGUGGACCGGCACAACCUCUACUUCGUCUACCUCCCUGCCAAGCUGCAGAAGAGGAUCCACUUCGCCGCCGUGAACCAGGCCUUGGCCGCUCCCAUCCUGUGCCUCUUCUGGCUCUACUUCUUCUCCUUGCUGCGCCUGGGUAUGAAGGCCCCUUCCACCCUGUUCACCUUCCUGGUCGUGCUGCUCACCAUCCUGGUCUGCCUGGCGUACACCUGCUUCGGAUGCUUCAAGCACCUCAGCCCUCUGAACUACAAGACAGAAGAAUCAGCAGGUGACAAAGGAAGUGAGGCAGAGGCCCGGGUGCCUCCACCGUUCACAGUAAGCUGUCUAUGCUGCCUGACCCCGGGUGCUUGCUGCCCUGUGUCGCUCUGGUUGUAACCGUCCCAGCCAGAUGCGCCCUGGCAAAUGUGCUUUGCUCAUCUCUUGCUAAGAUAGAAGUCCCUUGAUCACGUGGCAGGCAAGUUUCUAAAUUAACGUCAGAGAAGGACUCCCCCGUCCCUCUGGAUGUUCUAACCUGCACAUUUAAGCGCUGGGAGGAUCAUCGGUUUUGCUGGGAUGUGUGCUCAUCCCUGUUGGUUUCAGUUCCCUGCUCACUUUCCUCCUCUGUGGUUUAAUGCCUGGUGAGUCUGGGGCUUUAGUGAGGUGACAUUGUAAGAAGCUGGGGUCUGAUGAAGCUGCACUGCCAGCGGUGCACCAGCCUGUGCCAGCGUCCCGCCAGGCACCAAGAGGGUGUCACACAAACUCCUCUUUGAAUUCAAGAACUGAACAUUGCACCUGCUUUAGAGGA